GCCCGGACAGACUCAUUGACACGCCUACGAAGACCGACAUACACUAUACUACGGCGUCGUUUGUUCGGAAAACCUACAUGGCUACGUGGCUCGAGUGAUCGCUCCUAACUUUUCGGAUGGCGGGGAUUUGGACUGUAAGUGAAGGAAUUUGCUGCUCUCUUGAAUAAUGGGUUGAAGAAGAAGAGUGCGGUUCCGUUUAUCGAAUCCGGAGAGAAAAUGACGAGCCCCACGGGAGGAGGAGGAGGAGGGAGAAGGAGAAUCUUUGAAGAAUUCUCCCCAGGUUAUUACGGGGUUUGCGCCAUUGGAGGCAUGUUGAGUUCUGGAACAACCCAUCUCGCUUUAACACCUUUUGAUGUCCUCAAAGUCAAUAUGCAGGUUAACCCUGUGAAGUACAACAAUAUACCAACAAGCUUUUCCACUUUACUAAGAGAAGAAGGCCCAUCUGUGUUCUGGAGAGGAUGGGGUGGGAAGUUUUUAGGGUAUGGUGUUCAGGGUGCUUGUAGAUUUGGUCUCUACGAAUACUUCAAGAACGUUUACUCAAAUUUACUUGGGGAUCAAAGGAAGACUUUGAUAUUCUUUCUAAGCAGCUCAUCCUCUGAAGUGAUAGCUAAUUUCGCUCUCUGUCCGUUUGAGGCUAUCAAAGUCCGUGUUCAAGCAUAUCCCCAUUUCGGGAAGGGCCUUGCUGAUGGAUUCCCCAAGUUAUAUGCUUCUGAAGGAGUCCGAGGCUUAUACAAAGGGCUUAUACCGCUGUUGGGCCGUAACCUCCCAUUUUCAGUGGUUAUGUUUUCAACAUUUGAGCACACAGUGGAUUUCAUGUACAAAAAGAUAAUCCAGAGAAGGAAGGAAGAAUGCUCUAGAAUGCAACAACUUGGGGUGACAUGUUUAGCAGGAUAUGCUGCCGGAUCUAUAGGUAGUAUUGUUUCUAAUCCGGCUGACAACAUCGUUGCGUCCCUUUAUAACAAGAAGGCUUUGACCCUGAAGUUGGCUGUGAAAAAUAUUGGUCUUGUUAAUUUAUUUACACGAAGUCUUCCUAUAAGAAUAAUGCUGGUUGGGCCCUCCCUAACUUUGCAGUGGUUGUUCUAUGAUACGAUUAAAGUUUUAAGCGGGUGGCCGACAAGUGGGCACAUAAGCUCUAGUACUAGCGAGAUAAAUCAUGUGUUGAAGUGAUAUGAAAUGAAGUCUCGCUGCAGCUACUGAUGUUGAUCGCGAAGUUAAUGAAAUUACAUAAUCAUAUCAGAAGAUUGCGUGUGGUUCUCUGUAGAAAAAUUGUAUUUGGAUAUUUUCUUGCAUUUUUGGGAUGUGGAUCCAUUUUUCUUGGCUGUGCUGUGAUUGUUGUAGAGCCACUUGGUCUCUGAACUUUUAUGCCAAAGUUCAGGACAUGAUUAUGGUGGAUAGGAAUAUUGGUAGAGCAUUUGAACAUACUGGUUUUAUAUGCCGCAAUAAGAGGAUGACUCUCCUCUCCUGGGCUGCUGCUGCUUGUGUCAUUUAUCUCAUUCAUAGAAAGAUAUAAACAAAGAUCUGUAACACUGACAUAUAUGAGUAAUAUGACAAUUGA